AUGAUGUCAUUUCCUGGCACCGACUACGGGCCCACCGGCCAAGCAGCAGAGGAAGAAUGUGGCCUGGCUUCUCAGUGGAAUGGAGUAGGCGAGCAUGAUAUUGUCGUGAAGGAGAGAGUGGCCUGUGAUCGUUGCCGUCACCGGAAGACCAAGUGUAAUCGCAUUAAUCCGUGUUCACAUUGUACCAAGGCGCAGACGCAGUGUACAUUCAAACUGGCUCAUAAAACCAAGGAAAAGCGGCAACGGGUCCUGAUCUCGAGUGUAUUUGAAAGAAGACUUGAGCAUAUUUCGAACAGAGUUGAGGAGCUCUACGGAAUCAUGGGACAACGUCAAGAUGAGCGCCAUAGUGAUGAUAGUAGCCUCAUGGCCCCAUUUAGUUUACGAGCACCAUCAUAUUCAGCGCUCCAAUCUGGCAAACUCCGGGCAUCCCCGAAUGCUCCAGCUCCAGCAGAAGGGAUUGAGUCCGCAUUGUUUGAUCAUGUCAUUUGUGCAGCGGGAGCUCUUGAAAUCGCUGUGAUGAAUGACCCAUGCUCUAGGGCCGUCGGCAAUUUAACUUCGGCGUUGAACACCUUGCGGAGCACAGUGAAUGACCAGAAGCAGCAAAAUGAGGCACUGGAAGGGUCACAUUCAUUUAUAAAGGCACUACCUUCCAGUCUUAGUCUCAGGGAUUUGCCUAUCCCUUCCGUGGAUAAAAUCAUGGCAUGCCUCAGGAACGUUCAAGAUCGAUCACCGAGCGAGAUUUACUGGCCCUUCGAAUUUGGAUCUCUAGGAGACUUCACUCAGUCCGUCAUCAGAGCCUGCACCCCCGGUCCGAUCAGCGAUGUGGAGCUGAUCAAAGUCCACUAUGUCCUUUACUCGCUCUUUACCCAAUUCUCGAUUGGUGCCGAUGACGAGACGCUGAGACAGGACUACGAUGUGCAAGCUGCAACGUGCAGGGAGAGCCUCGAGACAAUUCUAUCGAGCCUUUCCUUUCACAUCGAUACGAAUAUUGACUCUAUCUGUGCCUUGUAUAUGGCGUCCCUUCAUUGUCUCCAACAGGGAAAGGUGUGCAUAGCCUGGACGUUUAUUUCAAGAGCGUCACUUAUGUGCCUGGCCUUGGGAUUGCAUAGCAGUCACGCCAUGGUAAUGGAACAAGGAGACACAGUGCAGCGAAAUAUAUGCAUUUUCUGGGCUGUGUACGUCCUGGAGAGAGCCGUGGCUUUACGGCUAGGCAGGCCAUCGACUAUUAGAGACCAGGAUAUUACCAUCCCACGACUCACUUUGGACCGCAAAAUGACCUCCCUAGCAUAUAACCGGCUGCCUGACUGUAUCGAUGUCGCUAGUCUCUACGGUCGCUUGUAUGACAGCCUGUAUAGUCCGCCUGCGCUGGCACAAACUGGCUCCGUUCGCAUAUCUCGUGCCAGUGUACUGGCUUCAGAACUAGAGCGGAUGAUAGCCGCGAGAACUGGAUACUAUAAUCGACCACAUCUGUGGAGUAGCCAUGUGCUAGAUCCAGAACUUUUACGGUUCAUGGUACACGCCAACAGAGCUAUAGAAUACUCAACUUUGGCGUCCAUAUAUCGAGGAAUCCCAACAGAAAGUUCUUCGGGUACAAUGCCAUGCACGCAAUGCAUCGCCGCUGCGCGAGUAGCCCUUAAAGAGAGCGAAGCCAGCAUUGUCAUACUUUCGGAUGCAGCAAAAUGGCCAACCGGCCUUCACCAAUGGGUCAACGAGAUUCUCCUAGUGCCAAUCAUCCCUCUCACAAUCCUGGUCUGCAAUGUUGUUGAUACUGCUGACACGUCGGACCUGGACCGUUUAAAGGGAAUGGUUGACGGUCUACAGUCUCUGGUACAGGUGUCGCGCUAUGCCAGCUGUAAUAGGCAGCUGCGUAUUUUCAAGUCACUAUAUGAUGUUGUAGCUUGCUACGUCGAAGCAAAGACCAGCCGGGAAUCAACAGAGACGAUUGGCACUCUAUUCAUUGAUUCCGACACCGAUGUUUUCUUCAACGACGACACUUGGUUAGGGAAUGAAAUCUCUCCUGUCUCGUCUUUACCAAUAUCGAAUACAUGGUCACUCAAUUCCCUCCAAGCUCCAGCAGUUACAUUAUAUGAUGAGAUGCUGAAACAUAGCCAACGGGACCUAUGA